AUGGGCCAGGGCAAUGUAGCAGACAAUGCAGAGCAGUUGCAUGUCUUCGAUCUACCGCAACUUUAUACAAAACCCUCGGCCGAUAUCCUCCUCCAAACCCUAGGUCUUCUCACCUCCGCCCCACCAUCAUGGGAAUGCAGUGAUUCAGAAGACUAUUCAGACGACUAUGUAAUCUCGACGCGACGACGCCGGUCCAUCGUCUCCGGGCAGCCUGUACCGAGCAUGUCUGUCAGCAACGAUGGUGUACCCAGAUACCUGACCGGCAUAAUCUCAAGCAACUUGGAUUGGAUACUCGACGAGAAAGCGAAAGAGCUCAUUUGGGAGCAAGCAAGUCUCAGGCUCAGUGAACGAUCAGGUCGAAGUGCUAUGCCCGCCAUGACCAGGAAGUUUCGAAUCCCAUCAGUAGAACACAGCACUGAGAUUGCCAUCCAUGAGCCGGCGCUGACUGCAGACAAUCUCGGACUCAAGACAUGGGCUUCGUCAUACCAGCUUGCUCGUCGACUUCGGCGAAUCGCUAUACCAUCGGAGCUCCAUGGAUCAUGGGCAUUAGAACUCGGCGCAGGUACAGGACUCGUUGGAAUUAGUGCUAGCGCUACUUUAGGUUGGCGAGUUUGUCUUACAGACCUGCCAGAUAUCGUAUCUAAUCUUCAACGCAACGUUGAUGCCAAUGUUAAUGCUAUCGAUGGUUGCCGAGGGCAAGCUUGUGUAGGUGUCUUGGACUGGACAAAACCAGAGACACUUACGUUGCAAUGUGUUCAUGACGUGAAUACCAAAGAUGCAGCUGAGCUACCUACCAUGCGGUUCGGUGUCGUACUGGUCGCAGAUGCCCUAUACAGUUCCGAUCAUCCUCGACUGCUGGUCAACGCAAUCAUCGCACGACUCCUGCCGGACAAGAAUGCGCGUGUCAUCGUGGAGCUCCCUCUGCGAGAGGCCUUCUGCGCCGAAAGGGAUGAGUUUAAAGAGCGCAUGGCUGACAUAGAACUUGUCAUCAUAGAUCAAGGGCAAGAAACUGGUUACGAUGAUUGGGGUUGGACAGGUGACGCGAAGUCUAGAGACGAAGUUCGCUGCUGGUGGUCGAUAUGGGGGCGUUCAUGA